UGUCUCUCCUCUUGAUCCCCUCUAACGAGGUUCGUUAUCGUUGACAUCGCAAGGACAAUGAAUACCAACGUGUUUCUCGUUGUAUUAUUCGGUUUCGUUACAUUGGUGAACUGCGAUUUAGAAGUGCAACUACUCCACGUGCUAUUUCGACAUGGAGACAAGGUACCUCAUCGAGCCUAUCAAAAUUAUCCAAAUGAUCCGUAUCGCGAUUAUUCCUAUUACCCAAUGGGAGACGGCGAUUUGACCAACGAAGGAAAGUUGCGUGAGUACAAAAUCGGCCUGAUGUUACGUGGACGUUACGACGGAUAUUUUGGUUCGGAUUAUUGGCCCGACAAGAUCUACGGUCUUACGACGGAUGUGCCAAGGACUCAGUUAUCUAUCCAGCUCGUACUGGCCGGAUUAUUCCCACCCUCCGAGAAACAGAUCUGGAAUCCACAUUUGCCCUGGAUUCCCACGUGGACGACGUUAGCUACACCACACGAUAUUCAAAGCCUACUAUUCCCUCACUAUUGUCCGCGAUACCAAGAGGAAUACGCACGAUUUCUCGAACAGGAUGAUAUCCAAGAGAUGAUAAAAAAAUACAAAAAUAUUUUCUCCUACUUGACCGAUCAUACCGGAAAAAUUGUGAACACGACCAAGGCCGUUCAAUAUUUGUAUAAUUUGUUGAAGGAGGAGGCCGCACAAAAUCUAACACUGCCCAAAUGGACGGAGAAUGUAUUCCCUAGUCCUAUGAAAGAAAUGACAAUACUUGAUUUCAAUCUACGAUCCUAUACGAAGACCUUAAAACGUCUCAACGGAGGUAUGUUACUGAGAAAGAUAGUCAAUGAUAUCGAUUUAUAUCAAAAAGGAAGAUUGGAACCCACCGAUAGAAAAGCUUUCCUAUUUUCUGCUCACGAAGUAAACGUAGCUGCAUUGGCAAGAACUCUCGGCACCAAUGAACCUUUACUUCCCGCUUAUGGAUCUACGAUAAUACUGGAAACUCUACGUGACAAAAAGGGAACUUACUAUAUUCGCGUACUUCUAUGGACAGGAGUGACGGAAAAAUUAAUUAUCCAAACUAUACCUGGAUGUAACGAGCUAUGUCCGUACAACGAAUUUCGUCAUCUUUUGAAUGACGUUAUAGCAACCGACGAAGAAAUUUUAUGUCGACGAAAAGAUCAUAAUAAUAAUAAUAAUAAUAAUAAUAAUAAUAAUAAUAAUAAUCAUCACCAUCAUCAUAUAUCGUCAUCAACGAAUAUCAAUCUGGACAAACUUAUGUUCUAUCUAUUAGGAAUUUCGUACGUGAUUUCGAAAUCGUUAACGUGAACGAGAGAUGAAUCAACGAUGAGACGAUCGGCAUAUGUAUAUUGGUUAAACUGUCGUCGACACGACAACUCCGAUAGAAAGUUAUGCCCGAACGUUCUCUCAAAUUUACUUAACUCUGAAAAUGUUAUUAUUAUUUAUUUACUCGAUUAUCGAGUAUUCUCUCACGUUUCUCGGACGACGCUCGUCACGUAACUGAUUGAUUGAUAUCGUAUGAUUUAAAAAAAAAAAAAAAAAAAAAAAA